AUGGCACCACCAGAAGAAGUUGUUGUCACCGCGGACAGAACACCCAAUGGAGUACCCCAUGACCAAACCUUCGACGAGCUCGGAGUGCUGGGGGUCGAUGGUUCCCGGAUGGCGUGCGGAGUGUACAACCCUCCGCCGCGCGGCUUUGAGCAGCCAACGGAGACCUUCGUUCGUAAAACCGGCAUGAGGGACAAAGCACCCCCGGGGUACGAGUACAACAAGACGGAGUACCUGUCUGUGAGCGCGGCCGUCAAGCCUGGUACUCCUGGGUCCGCCGUCUUCCUUGCCGCUAGUGCCAGGACCGGCUCAGCCGGCGUGCCGGGCGUUUGCGUGCGCUCUUACCCCACCAGCCCAACCCGAGACGACCGUCUCGAGGAUGCCAGGAAGGCUGCCCAGACCCGAGCGGACCAGACUCGAAAGAUUGCCAUGAAGUCGCGUUGGGAUCGGCACGUUCUCCGGGCGAACCCGGCGAAAACCGCGAAAAGCCGGACGAGCACAAAUAGCCCAGGAUCCACUGACAAGGUGUCCACGGGGUCGUUGACGCCGAUAAUUCGACCGCCGCGAUCGAGGAUCUUGGAGGACCAGGCCCUGCGAGAGGCGAUUAGGGCUAAAGCGCAAGCUAUCGCGGUGGGUUGCUGUCGCCGGGAGCAGCUUCAAGCCAGCCCUCGUGAAGGAAAGCCGGACCCAGAGACUCACAGACGACUUGGCGGUGGGGGCAACCGACGGAAACUGAAGAGGGGCCACGCAGCGAGCGACAAAAGGGACACGUACCACGGGAUCGCGAUGCCCAUGAAAAAUUUCGAGAAACCCUUCGCCGGAGGCAACGAGGUGGACGCGCUGCCGGGGAGGCUGGAGUCGCUGAUUUUCCCUCACAGAUACGUGGACUGGCCGAAGGAGGACGCGAGUCUUCCGGCCCUGGCGCUCGACGUCCAGCGCUCCCCAAUACGCCACGCCGUCGCCUUCCGAUCGAAGCAGCCCCGUAUCGUGUGCUACGACCCGCAACGAGAAACACGGGGUUGGGACGGACCCGGCGCGUACGAAUGGGACGACAGACCCGACGACAACGACACCGCCACGAAUGCUACGGCGGACAUCGACAUGAACGGCGGCGGAAAAGCCCCCGGAGACAGCGGCGGCGGCGGCGGCGGCAGGAGGGGCAGGAAGAGCGCGGAGAAAGGAGGAGCUCGGCCAAGGGGCAUCGCUGUGCGAGACCCGGGCAGACUGUCCCCUGCCUUUCGAGAAGGAUCGUCCGCGUUCUUGUCCCCGACGCAGACGAACGUGCGCGGCUUCGCGCUCGCACCUUCUUCUAGAAGUGUCGACGCCGCGGCGGCGGCCGAGGGACGGGACGUUACCACCAGCGUUGCAGAAGCUAGCGAAAACGGGAACAGAUGUGGGGCCGGGGCGGGGGGAAGCGGCGCCAGCAGGAGCGCGAGGUCAGCGGCAAAGAAAAAGGCUCAAGGGGACCGCCGAAAAAAGCCUCAAACGCUAUGGAUGUUUAAGUCCCCCGGCAGGGAAGUCGAGCCAGCGGUGGCGACGCUGGGCUGGGAGGGGCCGGGGGCAUACGCUAUUGAUAUUGGGACGGGCGUGAGAGUGAAAGAACCCGGACGAAAGUCUCCGGUAUUCCGAGAGGGCUCGGGAGGUAAAAGGGGAAGGGAAGUCGACCUCAAGGAAAGGGAGAAAAUGGUCAGUCCGGGGGGGGUGUCGUCUUCGGCCGGGCCAAUGCCAGAAGGAUUUGCGGUCGGUCCCCGUGAGAAUAGGAUGGAUUCUCCAGGCACUCCUGAGUUCCUCGCCAGCUGGUCCAGCCUGUAUCCAGAGUUUUCACCACCAGCACCGAAGAACCCAAAUCGAUUCGCGCCAUGCUUUCUGUCGAUUGCGGAUCGCUUCGCUCCCGACCCCGUCGUGUGGUCCGCGGCAACAACGACUGCGGGAUUGGGCCCGGGGUCCGGGGAGAUGAGCAACGGGGGGGACAUGGCGGGGCCGGUGGAGAGGUACGACCUCGUGAGCUCUCGACGGCAGCCGCCGCCAGCGACCAGCGUCGGUGGUUCGAACGCAGCGGACGGAGACGACGGGGCGGGCGGAAGGACCAGGGGUGGCGUCGCGAGUGGGUCAGAAGGUGGCGCCCUCGCUCCUCUGUCGUUAGCAGCAGUUGGCACCAGACUCGUGUCGUCGCAGAAACGCACGCUUGCGCGCCGGGUUCUCCCCGCGGCCGAGGCAGCGGAGUUGGCUGCCGCCGCCACGGCCGCCGCCGGACUCGCGCGGAAUUGGGCCGGUCGCCAAGCAGAUGCGCACGCCCCAAGGGGCGGUCGUGGGCCCGGCGGGGCAGGAGUAGACCGACAGGAUGGGCUGAGGUCAGAUUCCACAGAUGUGAAGGCCAAUAGUAUGAUGACGCAAGGGGUUGACGAUAUGCCCGAACCAUCAUCCACGGCGGCGGAGAUGUUCGAAGCGUUGUCAACAGAUGCCGGUCCGCCAACGCACGCCAGGUGUGUUGCGGCGAGCUCGUAUCGUCGGCAAGGAUGGCGGUAUGAGGAAUACCAGAGCAAGAAAAAACCGUCGGUUUCCUCUGUGAACAAGAUUGGCGCCGGUGGUAUCGCGCAGACCGCUGGCGGCGGCGUCGCGACAAGAAAUACCUCGACAAUCGGUGGUGGUGGUCCUGCUUCCCACGCUCCUCGUCAAACUGCCGACGGGGUGGCGAUGACGGAAGCGGGUCUAGCGGCAGCGGAAAUGGCGGCCGCGGAAAUAGAGAAAGCGGGGACGGCGGCUUUGGCCGAAAAAAGUCUCAUCCGAACGGUGGGAAGAGCUAAAAGGGGACCGUGCAUGCUGACCCUUACCCCGUCGAGUUCGUACGAGAUUGGCCAACAGGCGACUCGAACUGGUACUACGACGAGGGAGCAACUGCAAGAACAGACUCUACGCGGCGAUUCAUUGGUCAGUUGUAGGGGACCGUUGUUUUUCUGGGAGGUGGAGCCCGCCGGCGGGCUUUUGGGCUCGGGGGAGACCAAGGUCCUCCGGUGCUGA